CUUGUUGGUCACAGGCCAUGGGAAGGGUAGAGGUGAGAACCUUAAUUAGAAGGAGUGGAAAGUGCUGAUUCUAUGUUUAGACAAGGUUCACAAGUUAAUAAGGUUGUCCUGUAAGAAGGGGACUCUUGGUUUUGCUCUUGUUUUUGCACAGGGACGAUUGCUUGGGUCAGGGUAGCAGCUGUUUAAGAAAAUGUCUCAGACCAAUCAGUAUGUAACACGGCAACAGAAACACCAAUCAGCUCGCAGCACGUUGCUGAGGAAAAGUAUAAAUGUAUGUGAAGCACACUAAUAAAGCGGACAUUUUGUUUGCAUCAAACUGCGCCCCGUCUCUCAAUGGCGGCUCUGCUCCAGCACCUGCCACCAGCGCCAUUAGCCGUCCCCACGCAGCCUCGGCCCGGCCAGGAGGUCACAGUGAUUGUGAGGUCACAGAGCCCGCGGUGCCGCACCGGCCAUAAGAAGCGGCUGCACAGCCCCCGGCCCCCAGUGCAGCAGCAGCAGCAGCAGCAGCAGCAGCAGCAGCAGCAGCAGCAGCAGCAGCAGCAGCAGCACAAGGACGUUUCGAGCGCACGGGACCAUGUUCCCCGCCCGCCGCCUCCUCUUCCUCCUCCUCCUGCUGGCCCUGCACGCCGGGCCUGCCCAGGCUGCUCCGUGGCGAGCACGGGGAGGAGAUGAGGCUGUUGGCAACGAUUAUCCAGCUUCUUGGCUGGAUGCAGUUUCGGAGCCCUUGAGGUAUCCUGGAGCCCAGCCUGUGGGUGAAGCUGAUCCAGGUUCCCGUCUGGGUUCCAGGACCGAGCUCCCAGGACAUGCCGUGGAUGAUCACGCAGGAAGGACUUUUCAGGCUCCUCGGCAGCGUGCUGGGCUCCAGCCCGGCUGGCGUCACGGGGGUCUUCCAAGACCAAGAAAUGAAGCUGAACGAGGUAAAAAGGCCCCAGAGCCAUCAAAACUCAUGAGGCAACUCCUGGACGAACUGCACAGAGCACACGAGAUGAACCGCGAGGCUGUGUGGAAGGAGGCGUUUCCAGAAGGAAGCCGCAGCUCCCUGCCAGGCUCUGGUGAAGCAGCAGAGGCGAUGCCAGCCGCUGGUAUGCCAGGGCUGCCAAGGCCCGGAGCUUACCAGCACAGCCGCGUAAAUGAAUCCCAUACGACGAACUCAGGUACUGAACGUCUUGGUGGGGUCCAUGAACAGGAGACACGUCCCAAAACCCGGGAGCGGCUGCAAGCGUUGCCCACGCAGGAGAAGAGGCAGACGGGGAGAACAAGGCUCAUGUCCCUCUUGAGAGGGCCUGACUCCGUCCCCUGCGGCUGUGGGAGCUGGACCGGGGGGCAGAGCUGGGGCUGGCACUUUUGUCCGUGUCCCUCAAAGGAGCGACUGGUCAAGCAGCUGCGCUCCCCCCGUGCUGUCCUGCUGGCCUUCUGGGUUUUGUUUGGUGGGACAACCUGUCCCAAAGGGUGGGAGUCCUGUCCCAGAGGGUGGGAUGGUGCCUCCAGGCAGCAGCACCCUGGGAAACCAGGAACUCACUGGCCAUAUUGAAGGUGCUGCAAGCUUAGCAGUGGUGCACAGGAUGGACUAACAUCUUGAAUUUCUCCUCCAGAUGUGGUUAACAAGGCAACCACAGGUGCUCCCAGUCCCCAGGGGAACACAAGUUUUUUCUGCCACGAAGUUAUGGGAAAGCACUGUGUCAUAUUCACAGUAGCAACCAUGAUUUCCAUACCACUGGCAAUAGUGUUCUUCUGUGUCGCAAUCUGGCAGUGGAGGACGGCUAAAAAGCUCCGCAGUGCAGAGGCAGCAGCCAGGCGGUCUGGAAUAUGGCAGCCGCCCCUCACUCCAGAAAAGAAGACCGGGCGCUGUGGCACUUCCGAGAGCACAUCACCGGCUGCCAAGCCGCAGUGGGAGCACAAUUACAUCAUCAGGCAACUUAUGGGCUUCAAGUCAGCUCGUCCGCAGUCCUCACCAGCCCUGCGUCCUUCCGGCCCAUCACCGGCUCUGCAGGGACAGGACCAGGAUGGUGCUCUGCAGCAUCAGACUGGCGUCAAGGAAGCACGUCCAGCCUCAUCGCCACUCCAACGUUCCUGGAACCCAUUCUCUGCUGACCUGAAGCUAAUGAAGCCAUGGAAAAAGCCCAAUGUCAUCCAGCUCCCAUAGUGCUGCUGACAAGUGCCUCCACUAUCCCCACAGUUUCCCAAAUAAAGGGGACUGAUCUGUU